UGAAAAAGAAUAAGAGCUAGGGGAAAAGGACAAGAAGAAACGGAGAUGGAGAAGGAAAAAGAAAAUGAAGGAGAAUCCUACUUUGGCAAUCUUAAAUUAACCGCAAAGCAACGAUACACAGAAAAACUCCAAAUUAUAAACGGUGUUGAUCCAUACGUUCUAACGACCAACGACUGGAUUCAAGACCCCGAUGUGCUCCCUCCACUGACGCAUCCGGACAUUGUGAACUAUCUUGUUUUUGGACUGAGUGCAUACAUAUUAAACGAAUUCAAAACUUAUAAAUCUUUAGCAGCCAAUGAGCAGUUCACCAGUGGAUGGGUGCAAGAUCUGCUCAUUCACAAGCCGGAGAACUGCGAGAACACAAUCACACUGGCAAAGGUGGAUCCAGCAAGAGUUUCUCAUUCUGGGAUGGAACAGCUGUGCCCCGGUUCUUGACAGGGGGUUUAACACACUCUCAGGUCUGGAUUCGGAAGUUUUUAAGCUGUGACUCUAUCCGACUGAGGGACCGGCUCACUCAGCCACACAGAGGGCUCAACCCCACAACUUUCAGAGGCAAAGAAUUACAGAGGCACUUUUCCCCCUCAAGAGCAGGGAGAAUUUUUCAUAAAGAAUGGGAGAUUAUGAUGAAGACACUGCGUUCCUCGGCCAGUCUGGUCCUUACUUCUGGAGCACCUUCUUCCUUCUAACCAGUGUUUACGUCUCCACUGGAUUCAAUGGACUUUAUAUCGUCUUUGUUGGGGCAACUCCACCGCACCACUGUCUAAUUCCUGAGGUGAACCUGACUGAGGAGUGGAGAAAGGCCAUAAUUCCCAUUGAGAUAGUGGAUGGUGAAGAGGAGUUGAGCAAGUGCAGCAGAUACAGCCUGGAGGUGGUCAGAAACCUGUCCGCUGAGGGAUACGUGCCAGGCAGGGACGUCAACGUCACCGGACUGAAGCAGGAGGGCUGUUUGGACGGCUGGAGCUACAGCAAAGACAUCUACCAAUCCACCAUUGUCACUGAGUGGGACCUUGUAUGUGACAACGAGUGGAAAGUUCCAUUUGCAUCGUCAACCCUCUUUGUAGGGUACCUGGUCGGGUCCCUCAUUUCCGGCCAGCUCUCUGACAGGUUUGGGAGGAAGAAGGUUGUUUUCGCCUGUCUUGGGAUCCAGUGUGUCUCUGUCUUCCUGCAGUCCUUCUCUCGUUCAUGGACGAUGUUCUGCAUCAUCUUUCUCUUUGUUGGAGCUUCCCAAAUUUCCCUGUAUAUAUCUGCAUUUGUACUAGGAACAGAGGUGUUGAGUAAGUCGAUGCGUGUGCUCUUCACUACUCUUGGGGCUUUUCUCUUCUACUGCAUUGGGUACAUGACGCUACCCUGGAUUGCAUAUGCCAUGAGGGAGUGGAGGACUCUUCUUGCUAUUCUUUCCUCAACGGCUGUGGUCUAUAUUCCUUUGUGGUGGUUCAUCCCAGAGUCUCCUCGGUGGCUGGUGUCUCAGGGAAGAGUGGAGGAGGCUGAGGCCAUACUGAGAGAUGCUGCAAGGAAAAACAAAGUUGAAGCACCACCAGUGAUCUUUAAAGAGUCUGAGCUGGAGGCUUUGCCGCCAACUAAAAAGUAUACCAUACUUGAUGUUCUGAAAUCCAGCAACAUACGGUGCAUCACACUGAUGAGUCUGCUUUUAUGGAUGGCAAUAAACAUAGGAUAUUUUGGAUUAUCCCUAAACACCUCCAACCUAAGUGGCAAUCCAUUCAUGAAUUGCUUUUUAUCAGCCACUUGUGAGGUUCCUGCCUAUAUUGUGUCCACUUGGCUCCUGAAGAAAUGUCCAAGACGAGCCCUUCUGUCAGCAUUCCUCAUAACUGGAGGAGGGGUUCUUCUGCUCAUCCAGUUCAUCCCUGAUACCCUUCAUUAUGUCGCCCUGGCACUGGAAAUGUUUGGGAAGUUUGGCUUCACCAUGGCCUUCAGCGUCGUCUAUAUCUACACAGCUGAGAUCUACCCGACUGUGCUCAGGAACGUGGGCAUCGGCAUGUGCUCCUCUGCUGCUCGCAUCGGCAGUAUCACAGCUCCUUAUGUCAUCUAUUUAGGUACUUAUAGUAAGUUUCUGCCUUAUAUUGUCAUGGGAAGUCUCACUAUUGGUUCAUCUGUGGUUAACCUCUUCCUUCCGGAGACCCUCAACAAAGAUCUUCCUGAAACACUGGAGCAGAUGCAGCAAUGUAAAAGGUUGUGCAGGGGACUCAAACCAAAGACAUACACCUCGGAGAGGGGAGGGACAGCAAACCCAUCUCUACUACAAGAGGCAAAACAAGAAGCAUAAAUUCUGCCAUUUGCUAAAUGGUUCUGUUUAACUUAGUAUCCCCACAGUGGGCACUGUUAAAGGUUAUGAGAUGCCAUAAAUGCAAGAUGAUGUGCUGCAUGUGUAAGUUAUGUGAGCAAGGUUCAUAUGUAUUGUAUGGCAGAAUACUUGAUUCAUUAACCCUGCACAAUCUGAUAAUGUGUCCUUACAUAUAUUGUCAUGCAAAAGCAGAAAAUUUUAAGGACAGGUGGGCAAAAAGUUAGGAAGAAAGGAGGAAAAUGAGGAAAAAAGAGAGUAAUGCCAUGUACACGCUAAGCCCAGUAAAUUUUGAACCAGAGUGUGCCUUCCACAUUACACCACACUUGCAUUCUUAGACCGUUUCCCAGAAUCGUGCUGUCCACACUGAAACGCCCCGAGUACCUCGGUAUUGAGGAUACGCAGGAUAUGUUGUGUGUAGGCUCGCACGUGUUCAACACUAGUUUACAGCCUACAUCACAUGACAGUCUUACAUCAGCUUUUCUAAAAAUCGCAGUUUCCCCCAUCCACACUACAAUGCCAGACCAACAGCUUCAGAUUUCAAGACUUUAAGUGAAUAUUUUCCAAAAGUGCUAUUGAGGAGGGUGGGACAUGCAGGCGCACAUUUUGUCCUAACUGCAUCUGUGCGUCUGGGCGGCACAUCAUGACAGGUGAUGCUAUCCACAGUGUGAGCCUCAAGUCCAUGUGUCAAAAGCUAAACCAUUGUUUCAGUUUAAAUGACUUUGGCAGGGGCAAAAGUAGUGGCAAGAGUAGUGGCAGAAAAAGCUCUCUACUCCCACGACCUGCACACAAACUCAUUGAUUUAAACUGGAGUGAUCUGUUUUUUUGUUUCUGUUUUUUUUUGUUUGUUUUUUUUGACACCUGCUUGCUAUACUUUGAGUCUCAACAAGGCAUACAGCGUGGAUAGAAGGCCAAAACAAAGAAAAACUGAUGCAUUUAAUUUAAAUUUGCCUCUGAAAGGAGGAAAUGUAAUGAGAAAAUUCGAAACUCAUCAAUAACAAUUUUUGGCUUUUUUUUUUAUUGCUCACAAAUACCACACAUUAUGUACAUACUGUAGCUAUGAGCUGUAAAGAGUGAGCUCAUUUUUUUUUUUUUUUUAAGUUUUGUUUUUAUCUUAUUUAGAUACAACUCAUAUGAUGAAUUGUUUGACUUUAUCUGAAAGACUGUACAAUGCAUAUAUUGCUGUAAUCCUACGGGUACCAGUAAUUCUAUUAAAACAACUGUGAUGAAGAAAAAGAAAAAAAAAUCCAGCAACCUAUUUCCACUUUAUUUCCUAAUCAUUAUCAUCAUUAUUAUCUUUUUUAAAAUCAGAGUAUUAGCAUGUAUGACCAUAUCAGUUCUCUGGGCAAAAGGAAACUCACUGGAGCAACACAAUCUGAGCCAUU